AUGACAGAUUCGUCGUCGUCUUCCUUCUUUUCUGAGUUUGGGCUGCUACUGUGCUUGGAGGAGCUAAACAAAGAGGAAUUAUAUAAAUUCAAGUUCCUCCUUAAGAAUGAGACCAUGGAGCCUGGGUACUGCGUGAUACCCUGGGCUGAAGUGAAGAAGGCCAAGCGGGAGGACCUGGCUAACUUGAUGAACAAGCACUACCCAGGAGAGCAGGCCUUGCAUGUGGCUCUCAAAAUCUUUGACAAGAUGAACCUGAAGGAUCUGUGUGAAAGAGUGAAAGCAGAGAUCACUCGGACAGCCCAUACUGUGGGACCAGAGGACACCAGGGCUGGAGAGGUACAAGGUGACCAGGAGGCAGUCUUAGGUGAUGGAACAGAAUAUAGAAUUCAAAUACAGGAACAGUUUGGCCCCAUGAGGGACAAGAAGUGUUUGCUUGGAGAGCCUAAAGAUUUCCAUCAUGAAAUUGCUGAGGAAGGUAGAGAACUUUUGGAACAUUUGUUCGAUGUGGAUGUCAACACCGGUGAGCGGCCACAGACUGUGGUGCUUCAGGGGGCCGCUGGAGUUGGGAAAACCACCUUGGUGAGAAAGGCCAUGUUAGAUUGGUCCCAGGGCAAUCUCUACCAGCAGAAGUUUACCUAUAUUUUUUAUUUUAAUGCGAGAGAAAUUAACCAGUGGAGAGAAAGAAGCUUUGUUCAAAUGAUAUCAAAAGACUGGCCCAGCACAGAAGGCCCUAUUGAAAGGAUUAUGUCCCAGCCAAAUAGUCUCCUUUUUAUUAUUGAUAGUUUUGAUGAGCUGAACUUCGCCUUUGAGGAACCCGAGUUUGCACUGUGUGAAGACUGGACCCAGGUACACCCAGUGUCCUUCCUCAUGAGUAGUUUGCUGAGGAAAGUGAUGCUCCCUGAGUCAUCCUUAUUGGUGACAACAAGACUCACAGCUUGCAAGAAACUAAAGUCCUUGUUGAAGAGUCAGCGUUCUGUAGAACUACUAGGUAUGUCUGAGGAUGCAAGAGAGGAGUAUAUUUACCAGUUUUUUGAAGACAAGAAGUGGGCCUUGCAAGUACUGAGUUUACUAAGAAACAAUGAGAUGCUUUUUAGCAUGUGCAAAGUCCCCCUGGUGUGCCGGGCCAUUUGUACUUGUCUGGAGGAGCAAAUGGAGAAGGGUGGUGAUAUCACACUGAUCUGCAAAACCACCACGGCCCUGUUUACCUGCUAUGUCUCUGGCUUGUUUACUCAGGUAGAUGGAAGCUGUCCUAGUCUGCCCAACCAAACCCAACUGAGGAGCCUGUGCCACCUUGCUGCCAAAGGAGUAUGCACUAUGACACAUGUGUUUUACAGGGAAAACCUCAGAAAGCAUGGUUUAACUAAAUCUGAUGUCUCGGUUUUCUUGGCCAUGAAUAUUCUUCAGAAGGACACAGAUUAUGAAAACUGCUAUGAGUUCACCCACCUACACAUUCAGGAGUUUUUUGCAGCUUUGUUGUAUAUAUUGAAAGACAGCUGGGGACCCACAGACCAUUCUUCUCAGUCUUUUGCAGACUUGAAGUUGUUACUUGAAAGCACCAGUUAUAAAGACCCUCAUUUGACCCAGAUGAAAUGCUUUUUGUUUGGCCUUUUGAAUGAAGAUCGAGUAAAACAACUGGAGGAAACUUUUAACUGUAAAAUGUCACUGGAGAUAAAAGAGAAGAUUCUUCAGGGGAUGGAAGUAUUAGGAAACAGUGACUGUUUCCCAUCACAGCUGGGAUGUCUGGAGUUGUUUCACUGUCUGUUUGAAACUCAAGAUGAAGAGUUUAUAAGGCAGGCAAUGAGAUAUUUCCAAAAGGUUGUCAUUAAUAUUUGUGGGAAAAUCCAUUUGCUUGUGUCUGCAUUCUGCCUUAAGCGUUGCCAGUGUUUACGGACCAUUAAACUGUGUGUAACUGAGGUAUUUGAGAAGAAGAUGUUAAACUCAAGCCGCCCAGCUGAAUCUUGGCAAAGGGAUGCUUAUUAUUGCUGGCAAGAUCUCUGUUCUGUGCUUCAUACAAAUGAACACUUGAAGGAAUUGGACCUGUGUCAUAGCAACCUUGAUGAAUUAGCAGUGAAGACUUUUUAUCAAGAACUAAGGCAUCCAUACUGUAAACUACAAAAACUAUUGUUGAGAUUUUUUUCUUUCCCUGAUGGUUACUGGAAUAUCGCUAGUUCUUUGACUCACAACCAGCAUCUGCGGCAUCUAGACCUCAAGGGAAGUGAUAUAGGUGACAGUGGAGUAAAGUCAUUUUGUGAAGCCCUGAGACACCCAGAUUGUAAACUACAGAAUCUGAGCUUGGAAUCCUGCAACCUAACUACACUUUGUUGUCUGAAUAUCACUAACACUCUCAUCAGAAGCCAGAGCCUGCUAUUUCUGAAUCUGUCGACCAAUAAUCUAUUGGAUGAUGGAGUGGAGCUGUUGUGUGAGGCCUUAAAGCAUCCAAAGUGUCACCUAGAGAGACUGUCCUUAGAAAGCUGUGGCCUCACAGCAGUUGGUUGCAAGGAUCUCUCCUCGGCUCUCAUCAGCAAUGAAAGGCUGACACAUUUGUGCUUGGCAGACAACGCCUUGGGAGAUGGUGGAGUAAAGCUUAUGAGUGAUGUCUUGAAACAUCCACAGUGCACUCUACAGAGCCUUGUGCUGAGACGUUGCCAUUUCACUUCAGUUAUCAGUGAACAUCUGUCAUCUUCUCUCCUAAGCAACAAGAGCCUGACACAUCUGGAUCUGGGGUCAAACUGGCUACAAGAUGAUGGAGUAAAGCUUCUGUGUGAUGUCUUUCGGCAUCCAAGCUGUAAUCUUCAGGACCUGGAACUGAUGGGUUGUGUUCUCACAAGUGCAUGUUGUCUGGAUCUGGCUUCUGCUAUUGUGAACAACCCGAACCUGAGGAGCCUGGACCUUGGGAACAAUGACUUGCAGGAUGAUGGAGUCAAAAUUCUAUGUGAAGCUUUGAGACAUCCAAACUGUAAUAUUCAGAGGCUUGGGCUGGAAUACUGUGGUUUGACCUCACUCUGUUGUCAGGAUCUCUCCUCUACUCUUAGCAGCAACCAAAGACUGAUAAAAAUGAACCUGACACAGAAUACCUUAGGUUGUGAAGGAAUUAGGAAAUUAUGUGAAGUCUUGAGGUCUACCCAAUGUAAACUACAAGUCCUAGGGUUGUACAAAGAGGCAUUUGAUGAGGAAGCCCAGAAGCUGCUGGAAGCUGUGGGAGUUAGCAACCCACGCCUAGUCAUGAAGCAUGAUUUUAAUGACCAUAACGAAGAAGAUGGCUCCUGGUGGCAGUGUUUCUGA